UCCAACGUUCUUGAGAGAUUUCCCCUUUUCGCCAAUUUUCCAGUGGUGGUGCGGCGCCGUCGCCUGCAGAAGAAAUUCUACAAAAUCCAAUGAAGAGUUUUUCAGUUGUAAACACGGCGUCCAAUUGGAGAGUGGUGUCUUGUUUGAUUUGUUCGUGUUUCGCGUACGUUUUGCACGGCAACUGACUAUCAGCGGCAGAGGCGAUUUGCAUGCUGUUUGAGAGAUAAUUGCGCGUCAAAUUUCCACCCCAAACGAAAAUUCGACUUGCAACGGUUCGGCCCAGUCGGAAAACGUUGAGCGAAUUUCAAACUGCAGUUUCGCGGAUUUGCAAAAUUUUCUAUCUUAAAAAAGAAACGAAUUCCACGAUGGUAGCUUGAUGGAAGCUCACCGAAUUACGGUUUCGUGUGUUGUUUUCAUGUUUUUGUGUUUAAUUUGAUUUUUUCGAAUAUUCGAGCGAAUACAGAACGACGCAGCCAAAAUAUAAUACUUGGAAAUUCAGUUGAAAUACAAAAUCGAAAGUCGUUAGGAAAAAAAAUCCAAGGUCCAGUGUGUGUUUUGCGUAGUUUCUUGCAGUGAUUUCUGGCUUUUGCGAAAGUCGUUCAGUGUCCUGUGCUGCGAGAAGUUCACGCAGGAGAAGUGCUCCGAUCCCUGGAUUAACACUUGCAGCUGAGGAAUUGUGUGGCGGAUUAGAUCGAAAAAAGAACGGUCACCAAAAAAAUUUCAGCCAAAAUUAACUAGUACAAAUCUUAAUAAGGACAAAAUGGUUCUACCACCUCGAUUAUCGAAAACAUUCCGCACCCAUUUAGUCCUCGCGCUAUUUUUAACAUGUUCCCUUGUAACACAAGUCAUAGCAAACGUUAAAAGUGUCCAAACUUACAAACAUGUGUCAGACCUAUUGAGUCAAGGAGUCACAUCGAGUAUCCUAGUAUGGGAAACUUUCGUGGGUGAUUCCAAGCAGCUAGAAUAUGCCGUUCAUGGUGGGAAAUAUCUCACGGAUGAAGAGCACUAUCCCAUCUACGUUUGUAGAGCAAUAAUAGAUGGGAUUUAUACAAGUGGUCACACUGAGAAAAGGCAACAACGAACUUUGUGCUUGGUGUCCAUGCAUAGUGAAGUGAAGUCGCAUCAUGCUUUUGAUAUACUGAUUAACAAAGGACAAGGAGCAAAAUUGAUUUGGAUGUCAUGGACGAAAUUCACUCCUUACAUUCCGACGGGAGCAGUCAGUUGCGGAGGGCAGUUGACUGAAGCCUUCUUCGUUGCCCGGCAUAAGACUAAGCUUUACCAAGAGACAAACGGCGCAGUACAACAUGGACCAGACUAUAAUUUAGGAUGGUUAGAUCCUCAUAACCGUUUGGGAAAAAUUGUCGUCAGCGAAGGAAACUCAGAGAAGGAGUAUGAAGAUGGUGAAAUUUUAGUUGAAAUCGAACCAGUCCGGUAUGAACUGCGUGAAAUCAAGAUCGAUAAAUGGAGGACCGACAUAAAAGUAAACCAAACAUAUUUAGGUUCGGCUGUUCUAUCUAACACAGACGAUUUGCCAAGAUUAGUGGAGACGGUCAUCUCAUUCACAUAUGACAAAGUUCAAAUUUGGGGUGUUCAUGAUGGGGUCGCACGUGGACUGCCCACAAAAGUGUAUGAGGUUGGGCAACCAGUCAACGAGAUUCGUUGGGGCCUGAAAGACAGCGAUAAGGUGGUCGAUGUGAAGACCGUCAGCACGACAUUGAAACCAGGAACAGCACUCAACGUCACAUUAAAAGGAAACUAUACAACAUUGGAUGCUCCUUACAAAGCUACCCUUGUUGCUUACUAUGCGGACAAUGAUGACAGCAUUUCAAGGAAGAUUUCAGCUAAUGUUCAAAAGUACUACAUGCAGGACAUCAAAUUCGAAUUCAGCCCCGUGUAUUGGCUUGAGAAUGGAACCCUGUUACCAACUACUACAACGACAACGACCACAACUACAACUGAACCGACAACCACAUCAACCCGAGAGCCUGAACCUGUUGUACCACCUCUUAUACAUGUUGCUGAUUCGGCAAGAUCAUCCAAUGAUGGUGGCCACAAUGACGCUUCGGUAGCUGAAUCCAAGAAAAAUCCUAACGACAUCGAAGACAUGCAAGCAGGCAAUGCAUUGAAUGGUGACGCAAGUCCUGUCACCAACACUGGUGGGGAUAGCCUAAAACUCACCAAUGUAGAGCAGAAUCCUGCGAAUUUGGCAAAAGAUAGCGCCAACAGUAGACAACAACAAUCUUUAGUUACACUUUUGGGUUGCAGUUUAAUGACGUCAUUGAUUUUUUUUCUUACUUCCGUGACCUCAUUGAACUAGUUACUGUUGUUGUCCGCAUUUAAAUAUAAAUAAAGCAGAAAAGCUCUUUAGUUUUAGGUCCUUUCAAUUCUUUUUUUUAUAUUUACAAACGAUAUAAGGAUGCAUUAUAUGAUAUAAAUCCUUGUACUCUAUUUUGUCUUAUAUUUUUUUUAAAUUAUUAAAGUUGUAAAAUUAAACAAUUUCUUAUUCCAAUAUUCCUUAAUUUUUAAGAAGAAAGUAAAGAUAUGAACAUCUAUUUUUUUUCAAAUAUUUUGUAAAAAUAUUCUAUUUCUAUUAUUUUUUGUAAUAAUAUUGAAGUAUGUAAUAUUAUAAUUUCUCUAGUUUAUAAAGUUGAUAGUAAGGUCAAAUGAAAUAUGAAAUAUAAAAAUAACGAAAAAAAAAAAACAUUUAAUGAAAGCUGUAAUAUGUAAUAGUGAAAGAUUAAGAGAAAUAAGAUACAUGAGAUGUGAGAGGAA